AACUGAUGAAAAUCGAGGUGGAGAACUCCAAGGAGAACCGGAGAGGGGAGCGGGCGGAGAAAGGCGCUCGGAGGAACGGGAGCAGCAAGUCGGUCUCCCAGGAGGAGACGCAGAACACGACCCGGAAGGAGCACGACGGGGACGCCACGGCGACCGGCAGCCCCUCCUCGUCCAGGAAGGGGAAGGGCCGGCGGCGGAAGAAGGAGGGCCAGCACUGGAAGCCCUGCCAGGGCGGAGCCUGCGAUUGGACGGUGGAGACGGCGGACAAGAGCUCCAGGAGCCAGGAGCUGCGGAGGAGGCGGAACCACGGAGAGGGGAGGGGCUCGCGGGGGAGGAGCGGCGGAGGAGGAGGAGGAGGAGGAGGAUCCGCCGCCGUCCUUCCGUUCGGCCCGUCCGCUCUCUCGGCGCCGGCCCCGAUCCGGCCCCCCGUCUCGCUGUCCGACCUGCAGGUGGGCGGCAGGUGCAAGUGCAACGGGCACGCCUCGCGCUGCCGCCGCGACAACCAGGGCCAGGCCGUGUGCCAGUGCGAGCAUCACACGGCGGGGCCCGACUGCGACGUCUGCAAGCCCUUCUACUACGACCGCCCGUGGCAUCGAGCCACGCCCACCCAACCCCACCCGUGCGUCCCCUGUGAGUGCAACGGUCACUCCACCAAGUGCCGGUUCAGUAUGGAGAUCUACCAGCAGUCGGGUCGCCAGAGCGGCGGCGUGUGCCUCAAGUGCCGACACCACACCGGCGGCCGCCACUGCCAGUUCUGCCAGAACGGCUACACCAGAGACCAGAGCAAGCCCCUGACCCACCGCAAGGCCUGCCAACCGUGUCAGUGCCAUCCUCUUGGUGCGGUGGGUCGCUGGUGUAACCAGUCCACCGGGCAGUGCUUGUGUCGGGAAGGGGUGAUGGGACAGAGGUGUAACCGUUGCGCCCCCGGGUACAAACAGGGCAGAUCACCCCUGCGCCCCUGCCUAAAGAUCCAGGAAGUUCCAGCCCCAACUCCAGUCUACCAGCCUCAGUACAGCAGGGCUGAGGAGUGUCAGUCUUACUGUCACCCCUCAUCAGUGAAGGUGAGAAUGAACCUGGACACAUUUUGUCUGAAGGACUAUGUUCUGAAGAUGCAGGUGAAAGGCAUGGAACGUUCCGGGCCCUGGUGGCAGUUCUCCAUAUGGGUGCAGUCGGUGUUCCGCGUGGGCUCGUCUCGCGUGCGCCGGGGCCAGCAGGCGCUCUGGGUGCCCGACCGCGACCUCGGCUGCGGCUGCCCCACCCUCCAGGUGGGCCGGACCUUCCUCCUGAUCGGCGCCGAGGACGGCGCGCGCAACUCGGCGCCCGGGGAGCACCGGCUGGUGGCCGACCGCUCCACCAUCGCCCUCCACUGGAGGGAGCACUGGAGCCCCAAGCUGCGGGGGUUCCGGGCGCAGGACAAGAAGGGCAAGUGCCUGGAGGUGGCCCGGGGGAACGCCACCGCCCGCAGCAGACACACACACACCUCCACGGAGGAGUACACGCCUCCGCACCUGGAGCAGGGACCCCGGGGGGGCGAGGACGAGGACGAGGAGGACGACGACGCGCCACACACCCCACGCACGCCGCACGCGGGCCGGCAGAGGGCCGACGCGCACGCCGCUGCCGCGAGGCAGGACGCACACACUCACGACGCGCACGCACACGCGCACAAGCACAGGCACAAGUCCCAGCGCACACACACACACGCCGCCGGGGGACGCCAGAAACACACGCACCACACGCAUCGAGACGGACACGACGGCGACAACGACAACGACGACGAGGGGCGUCCGACAGCAGUAGACGGUCCUCACGAGACCACCUCGCCUCAGUUUAACCAGAAUGCUUUGCAGCAUGCCCCCAACCCCUCGUCCGCACCCACCGCGGUGUCGUUAGACAAUAAGAAACACCUCUUCUCCACCGUCUGCCCCACACUUCCACCUCACGACAACCCAGUUUGACACACGGGGGGGAAACGCAGGAGACGACGACGCCGACCGAAACGAAACGGACAAUAAAGAGAGACCUUUUCGGGUGAUGCACUGAAGUCAUUUCACCUCAUUUAACCUUUUGAGGGGAGAGCUUCCGACUCCGACGUCUGAACCUCUAGCGCUCAGGCUGUGGCAUGGAAAGCUACCGUUUGCUCACUCAAGACUGAGGAUGACUAGCCGCCAAUGUUUCUGUUACUCGCCUAGAAGCUGGUAAGGACACUGUGGUUCCUCUACAUUCAGGUCUCUGUGGAGAGAGAGAGAGAGAGAGAGAGAGAGAGAGAGAGAGAAAGAGAGAGAGAGAGAGAGAGCUCAUGUAUGAGGUGUGUCCACAUUGAUGGCUGAAGCCUCUGGUCAGCUCAGUAGCGGACGGACGGUCAGCUCAGUAAAAUAGGACGUUACACACGACCAGAUCAGAAGUUUAGAAGCUGCUGUGUUCAUCAUGUCAGUAAUGAGAUGGAGAGAGAACGUUCUAAGAACGCGCAACUCGGCGUCUGAGUUUGUUUUUGGUGUGUGUUCAGAUUUCAGAGGUAGAGGCCAGGAUCAAUCAGUUUAGGAUUCUCUUCCGAAGCGAUGCACAAAUGUUGGCUGAGGCUUCGAAUGACUAUUAUUUCCUCUUUAGUCAUGUGGAUCCAGACAUAAAUUGCAUCAGGUGACAACCAACAAAGACGAUUGGUGCAUUUGGGAAGUUGUUAGCUGGUUUUUGGCCCUUGACAGUAUUCAGUACCACUGUUUCAGUAAGUUGUCUUUCGACAGUCUGAUCUCAUCACACCUAAAAUAAGUUCAGCCUUUUGUUAAAAACCUGUGUUUGUGUGUGUGUGAGUGAUGAGAACAGCCGAUUCUCGCCAAAAUAAAUUAUUUUAUGACGCCAUUUUAUUACGGGAAACUCGAGGCUGCCGAUCCUUUUCUACUGAAACCCCAUCCACUGGUCUCUUAAAUCACUAGCAGCCAGCUGAAACGCAACACUGGUCACAGUAUACUUUUGCAAGUCUUAUAAAUUAUAUGGUGUUCUUUGAAAAUGUAUAUUUAUAUCUACCUGAAAUUAUAUUCGUGUAACUCGCUUGGCAAAGACAUGUACGGGGCUCUCGUUAGCACGUCAAGGGUGCUUCUUCUAUAUAGAAACACUACCUCACCGAUUUCUGAAGAUGCAAGAUGGUGCUUCUGCUACAGCUCAAGGUCAUGGAGGUGACUGAAAAUGUUUGGACAUACGGAUUCCCGAUUCCCAUAUCUCACGUACUGUAAAACACACAAUGUCUGCUCUGUAUGUCGUGCGUGAAUGAUGUUCUGUGUUAGACGUAGUCAAAAGUUGUCAAACGUUUUAAGUGGAUAAUAACAAUGCAGUGUCGAGAAUAAACAGACGUCACGCCCCAAGCUUUGCACAUGCUCACAAGCGGUUUCAUGAAUGCAGAGGUGAGAGG